AAAGGACUAGUGUACGAUUGAAUCUUUUCUUCUUCGUUGGUUCCAACCCUAAUCUAGGGUUACUCUCUCUCUCGCUUCCUUCUGUUCUUCGUUCUUGCCGAUUCCACGAGCAUUAGCUUCAGAGAACUUGAAUUGGAGUGCGUUUGGAUCAAAAACAGCUUAGCGAAGAUGAGGAUUAUGAUUAAGGGAGGUGUUUGGAAGAACACCGAAGAUGAGAUUCUCAAGGCCGCCGUGAUGAAGUAUGGUAAGAACCAAUGGGCUCGGAUCUCGUCUCUUCUCGUUCGUAAGUCGGCUAAACAGUGUAAAGCUCGAUGGUACGAGUGGCUCGAUCCUUCUAUCAAAAAGACUGAAUGGACCAGAGAAGAAGAUGAGAAGCUUCUACAUCUUGCUAAACUCCUGCCUACUCAGUGGAGAACUAUUGCUCCUAUUGUGGGCCGUACACCAUCUCAAUGCCUUGAGAGGUAUGAGAAGCUCCUUGAUGCAGCAUGUACUAAGGACGAGAAUUAUGAUGCAGCGGAUGAUCCGCGAAAAUUACGACCUGGUGAGAUUGAUCCGAACCCAGAAGCAAAGCCUGCUCGUCCUGAUCCGGUAGACAUGGACGAAGACGAGAAAGAAAUGCUUUCUGAAGCAAGAGCUAGAUUGGCUAACACUAGGGGAAAGAAGGCUAAAAGAAAAGCUAGAGAAAAACAACUUGAGGAAGCUAGAAGGCUUGCUUCUCUGCAAAAAAGAAGAGAACUAAAAGCAGCUGGGAUUGAUGGAAGGCAUAGGAAAAGAAAGAGAAAGGGAAUCGACUAUAAUGCAGAAAUUCCUUUUGAAAAGAGGGCACCUGCUGGAUUUUAUGAUACUGCGGAUGAAGAUCGUCCUGCUGACCAAGUAAAAUUUCCAACUACCAUUGAAGAACUUGAAGGAAAAAGAAGAGCUGAUGUAGAAGCACAUUUACGCAAACAAGAUGUUGCAAGGAAUAAAAUUGCUCAGAGACAGGAUGCUCCAGCAGCUAUAUUGCAAGCAAACAAGCUGAAUGAUCCCGAAGCUGUUAGGAAGAGGUCAAAGCUGAUGUUACCACCACCGCAGAUUUCAGACCAUGAGCUAGAAGAAAUUGCUAAGAUGGGCUACGCAAGUGACCUUCUUGCCGAGAAUGAGGAGCUAACAGAAGGCAGUGCUGCUACUCGUGCACUUUUGGCAAAUUACUCACAAACACCAAGGCAAGGAAUGACACCCAUGAGGACGCCUCAAAGAACUCCUGCUGGUAAAGGUGAUGCUAUUAUGAUGGAAGCAGAAAACCUGGCCAGAUUAAGGGACUCCCAGACACCUUUGCUAGGAGGAGAAAAUCCUGAGUUGCACCCUUCUGACUUCACUGGGGUCACUCCGAGAAAGAAGGAGAUUCAAACGCCUAAUCCAAUGUUGACCCCUUCGAUGACUCCUGGUGGUGCUGGUCUUACUCCAAGAAUUGGCUUGACGCCAUCAAGGGAUGGGUCUUCUUUUUCUAUGACACCCAAAGGGACUCCCUUCAGGGAUGAACUUCACAUUAAUGAAGACAUGGACAUGCACGAAAGUGCAAAACUUGAGAGGCAGAGACGAGAGGAAGCUAGAAGGAGUUUACGCUCUGGUUUGACUGGGCUUCCUCAGCCAAAGAACGAGUACCAAAUAGUUGCACAACCUCCUCCAGAGGACAAUGAAGAGCCAGAAGAGAAAAUUGAGGAAGACAUGUCAGACAGGAUAGCUAGGGAAAAGGCUGAGGAAGAAGCAAGACAACAGGCAUUGCUUAAGAAGAGAUCCAAGGUCUUGCAGAGAGAUCUUCCUAGACCCCCAGCUGCUUCAUUGGAAGUAAUUAGGAACUCGUUGCUUUCAGCUGAUGGAGACAAAAGUUCUGUUGUUCCUCCUACUCCGAUUGAGGUUGCAGAUAAAAUGGUAAGAGAGGAGCUUCUACAGUUGCUGGAGCAUGAUAAUGCAAAGUAUCCGCUUGAUGAGAAAGCUGAGAAGAAGAAAGGAGCCAAGAACCGUACCAACAGUUCUGCUUCUCAAGUUCUUGCAAUUGACGAUUUUGAUGAAAAUGAACUCCAAGAGGCUGACAAAAUGAUAAAGGAGGAGGGGAAGUUUCUUUGUGUGUCAAUGGGACAUGAGGACAAGUCACUUGAUGAUUUCGUAGAAGCUCACAACACAUGCGUGAACGAUCUCAUGUACUUCCCCACUCGAAGUGCUUACGAGCUCUCAAGUGUUGCUGGGAACGCGGACAAAGUUGCAGCAUUGCAGGUGGAGAUGGAAAAUACAAGAAAAAAGAUGGAGGAGGAUGAGAAGAAGGCAGAACACAUGAAGGCCAAGUAUAAAACUUAUACAAAGGGUCAUGAGAGGAGGGCAGAGACCGUGUGGACCCAAAUAGAGGCGACUUUGAAGCAGAUUGAGAUUGGUGGAACAGAAGUAGAGUGUUUCAAUGCAUUGAAGAGGCAAGAAGAGAUGGCUGCAUCUUUCAGGAAAAGGAAUUUGCAAGAGGAAGUGAUAAAGCAAAAGGAAACAGAGAGUAAACUGCAAACGCGCUAUGGGAAUGUGUUGGCAAUGGUUGAAAAAGCAGAGGAGAUAAUGGUCGGGUUCCGAGCACAGGCAUUGAAGAAACAAGAGGAUGUGGAAGAUUCUCACAAACUGAAAGAAGCUAAGGUUGCCACUGGAGAGGAAGAGGACGUAGCCAUAGUCAUGGAAGCUUCUGCAUAAAAACUUGAGUUUUGUAUUGCUUACAAGUUUUAAGGAGACGUAGCUUGACUUUGUAUUGGUAAGUUUUUAAUAUGAGUCAUGACUUUGUAAAAAGGUUAUGAUAUAUUCUCUGUUUGUAUGCUUUGCAAGAGUCAAGAAAUUUGAAUGCUUCAGAUCUGUUUGGUUCCGAAUGUACAAUCUAAAGUUUGUUUAAUC